CCCUCCGGGGACGGGGCGCGGCGGCGGCGGCGGCUCGUCCCUCCGAUCCCAACCGUGCGGUGCUGCUGGCGCUGGUGGAAGAGUUUUGGGAGGGAGAUGAUGACAGGCUGAUGAAACCAAUCAAACAAUGAAGUAAUCAUAAAUCCCCGGUGCCGGCGGUGAAGGCGGGAGCAGCUGGAGGCUGGAGGAGCUGAGGUCCUAACGAAACCAUCCCGCUCAGCAGCAGAAAUCCUGGGAGGCCGAAGCGCUGAAAGGUGGCCAAGGUCCUGUCACCAGGGCCGAUGGACAGAGACAGCACAGCACAGUGUGGAUGAGGGCAGGGAAAAUCCUGCUGUCAGCUCCAGAGGAGCAGUGCAGAGGGCACGGAGGACAGCAGCAGGAAGGAAGAGUGGUGGAUCCCCAGGAGCUGUCAGAGGAGAGAGUUCUGGUGCUGCUUUGUUUGCUCUUCGCAAAUUUGCCUGCGAAACCUGAAUCCUGGGACCAGAGGCUGAGGAAUCUUGUCACAGGCUGAUAGUCAGGACGGGAGAUGGAUCCCACAGCGGGAGACACUAUGGAUGGGUGUGACGGGGCCUGACCCUGCCCCGCAGCUGGGACAUCCCCACCGGGAGAGCAGCUCCUGCCAGCUGGGAGCCUGUACCUGCCUGGGUGCUCACUGGCUUUGCUGAAGACCAUCCUGCUGCUGAGAAGGCUGCUGUAGUCUAGGCAAGGAGCUGCGCAACCAUGAGCGCGGGUUCGAUUGAGCAGGAGUCGUCGCGCAAGCUGGCCUGCUGCGGGGUGCCCCUCAUCACCGAGGACAUGCAGUCCCUGGCCAUCCGCACCCUCUCAGGCACCGACAUCAGCAAGCACUACGACCUCAUCCGCGAGCUCGGCAAGGGCACCUACGGCAAGGUGGACCUGGUGUCCCACAAAAGCACAGGCACCAAGAUGGCCCUGAAGUUCGUCAACAAGAGCAAGACGAAGCUGAAGAACUUCCUGCGGGAGUUCAGCAUCACCAACACGCUCUCUUCCAGCCCCUUCAUCAUCAAGGUCUUCGACGUGGUCUUCGAGACCGAGGACUGCUACGUCUUCGCUCAGGAGUACGCCCCCGGCGGGGACCUCUUCGACAUCAUCCCGCCACAGGUGGGGCUCCCCGAGGAGCUGGUGAAGCGCUGUGUGCAGCAGCUGGGCCUGGCCCUCGACUACAUGCACAGCAAGAGCCUGGUGCACCGGGACAUCAAGCCGGAGAACGUCCUGCUCUUCGACCGCGACUGCCGCCGCGUCAAACUGGCCGACUUCGGCAUGACCCGCAAGGUGGGCUGCCGGGUCAAGCGCAUCAGCGGCACCAUCCCCUACACGGCGCCCGAGGUGUGCCAGGCCGGCCGGGCCGAGGGCUUUGCCGUGGACACCAGCAUCGACGUCUGGGCUUUCGGGGUGCUCAUCUUCUGCGUCCUCACCGGGAACUUCCCCUGGGAGGCGGCGGUGGCGUCCGACGCCUUCUUCGAGGAGUUUGUGCGGUGGCAGAAGGGGCGGCUGGGGGGGCUGCCCUCGCAGUGGCGGCGCUUCACGGACAGCGCCCUGCGCAUGUUCCAGCGCCUGCUGGCCCUCGACCCCGAGAAGCGCUGCCCCGUCAAGGAGGUUUUCUACUUCAUCAAGUGCGACCUGAUGGCCGAGGUGCGGUGCCGGCCCUCCUACCGCUCCCGCAAGCACACCAGGGACAAGCUCCCGGCCGGCGCCCACUGCCACGAGGCCGCCGGCUCCUGCACCCCCGCCCCGCUCAAGAGGACCGUCCUGACGGAAGGGAGCGGAGCGCGCGGCCCCGAGUCCGGCGCGGCCGCCCCGGGCACGGCGAGCAGGACAGAUGGACGGCAGGACAAAGGCAAAGGGCAGAUGGUCCUGGCCACAGCAAUAGAGAUCUGCGUCUGACAGCACCGCACGACCCGUCCUGUCCCCCUGCCCCGCCAACAGGGGUGGGAGGAGUUGCUCGUGCUGGAGGCACGAGCCGGGACCGGGCUCUGGGUCUCCCAAAGCAAAAAAAAAAACAAAAAGGAAAAGAAACACAAUCAAAGAGGAAAAGGACAGAACUGGUUGCGCUCCGUAGCGCCGAGGAUGCCAAUCCCCCCCGUCCCGCCUGGGUGAGGCCGGCAGCAGAGGCCCAGCCCAGGGCACCGGGGAGGACAGGGGUGCCCACGGUCCUGCCAUGGCCAUGCUGCCCCUCCAAGGCUUCCCACAGGGUGGCACGGGGAGAGGUCUCCCAGUACGGGGAGGAAGAGUCGGGAGGGCAGUGGAUGGAAGAUCCAAGGCAAGCAGUGCCCACUGGCCCUCCCCCACCCUGUGCUUUGAUCCCCGGACUGGGAUUGGGAAGGCCGAUGACCCCACACCAUGGAGGAGGCCUUUGGGGAGGUUUGGGUGGGUGAUGAUUUGUCCCCUUCCACCAAUCCCUGCCCCACUGGUGGGGACCGGGGAAGGGAUGAGGAGAUGGGCACCGGGCUGGUGAUGGGGAGCUGGGGGGGUUUCAGGCAGCCCAGGACCCCUGGCAACCCCGGCUGCCUCCCUGUGCUGGGAGGUGCUGGCAGCCAUCGAUGUAGCAAGUGUCCCUGUCUGUGUGUCAUUGUGUGUCCCACCACUGCCACUGGCAGCCUCUGUCGCCCCUGCCCUGCCCCACAUGGCCCCAGACCCCACUGGAGGGACAGGUCCCUCCGGCUGGGAGCUGUGCUCCGGGCUGUGGCCCGUGGCCACGGUGCCAUCCAGCAGGUUGGAUGCUCAGGGCCAAGCUGGCAUUGCUGUAGUGGCAUCUCUUUGUCCCCUCUGCAGAGUCUCUGUCCCCAGGGACUGGAAGAGGUGGCAGCGGUGCAGCCCCAGGCUGGCCUGCACACCCCAGGAGCAGGGGAGGGGGCUCUCAGCGUCCUCCAGAGGGCCAGCCUGGUUCCCUGUGCUCAUCCCAUCACCCCUUCUUGCUGUCACCCCUUCCCCAACCUCUGUCACUGUCCCCUGGGGCUGGCGGGGAGGAGGGGUGGGAUGGAUCCCCCGGGCUGGCUGCAGCGAAGCAGGGGGUGGUGGCAGGAGCUGCUGGUGGUCCCUUAGUGACAAGGUCCUGGGGGGGGGUGUGGGGGACACCAAUCCCCUUGUGGUUUUGGGCACCCAGUGAAGUUGGGGGGCUCACCUGGAGAGGGUGAGGGGCACCCCAAGGUGGCAGCACUCUGGUGUAGUUUGGGCUUCCCUCCCAUCGGGUGGGCGCUGUGGGGACCCUCUGUGCCCCCCGGCGCCGCAAUUCCCGCACAAAGGGCUAUCCCGCUAUUCAGCAGCAGCAGCAGCAGCAGCAGUUUACAGAGCACGGGCGGACCCCCCGCCCCCGCUGCUGCCCCCCGGGCCCCUCCGCCCCCCGCCCGCGGUGCCGGGCCCCGGGCGGCCUUAGAAGUAGCAUUGCCCCUAAGUAGAGACGCUCUAGGCACCGGUUUUUUCUCCUUUUUGCCUUAGGUCCCUCGAUGUCCUCAAUCUUUCGUGCAAUAAUGUAGAUAAGGGAUCCCGGCUGCCCCGGGAGGGCUCGGCGGCGCCUCUCGGGGGUCCGUCCCGGGGGGGGUGCCCCGUGUGAUUUCUGUCCCCGUCGAGGUCGCUGUGUCGGUAGGUUGUCGGGUUUUUAUUUCCAGUUCCCUCAGCUGUCGGGUUUCAGUCCUUCUUCCCGUAGGAGAGGCUGUAGUGUCACAGACGUUACCUCAGUUUGUCACUGUUGAAAAGGAUU